AUGGAGCAGAGAUAUGCUGAGCUAGGUCAAAUGGAAGUAGCCUUCUUCACUCCAGAGGAUGAAGCUACGUUGGAACAAGAGAAAAUGUAUGGAGAUAGUAAAGGUGGAGAUGACAAGAGUCUGGAAAAAGGUGGAGGGUUAGAUGAUCAUGGGUGCUUAAGUGAGUUUAAGCAGUUAUGUUCAUAUACUAAAGAAGUGUGA